CAUACAUACAUACAUACUAUCUUCUUCUCAAACUCCUCUUUACAAAUUCAUUAUCAUAUUACCAAACCAAUAAGUAUGGGUGUUUUCACAUAUGAGAAUGAUACCACUUCUACCGUGCCUCCUGCCAAGCUCUUCAAAGCUGUAGUGCAUGACGCUGAUGUCAUCGUUCCAAAGGUUGUUGAUUCAAUCCAAACUGUUGAAAUCAUUGAAGGAAAUGGUGGCCCUGGAACCGUCAAGAAGAUCACUUUCGUUGAAGGAGGACAAACCUUGUAUGUGUUGCACAAAAUUGAAGCUAUUGAUGAUGCAAAAUUUGAAUAUAAUUACAGUAUAGUCGGAGGAUUCGGUAUAUCGGACAUAGUUGAAAAUAUAUCAUUUGAGGCAAAAUUGUUUGAAGGUCCAAAUGGAGGAUCUGUUGGGAAGAUGAGUGUUAAAUAUCAUACCAAAGGAGAUGCUAAGCCCAUUGAAAAGGUAGUUGAAGAAGGCAAGGCUAAGAGUGAUGCUCUUUUCAAGGCCAUUGAAGGUUACGUUUUGGCCAAUCCUAAUUACAAUUGAUGAUCAUGAUGCUAUAUCAUAUCAUCACUGUCCUUGCUAUCUAGCUUUGUUGGUGUCUUGUUAAUACAAGUUAUCUUCCAAUGUAAUAAAGUAUUCUAAUGUCUUGUUUGUUGCUUUUGAUUAUCAAAUUUGAGGUUUGUUAUCUUUCUAUCUCACGUUAUCAAUAACUUAUAAUACAAAUGAAAACAUAUA